AUGGAAGCCUUGCGUUGCUGCGAUGGUCUCCUGUUUGUCAGUGUGCCUGGCAUCGGAUAUCUUCGCAGCGAUAUCUUUGGCUGCUGGCUUGUCUGGCCAGUUCUUGCUUUCGGCACGCUGAUGUGCUUGGGCUGUGCAGCGGCCACUCGACGGUGCCCUUUUGCCAGCGUGCUGGGGAUGGUUUGCCUUGCAUGCGCCUGUGCACGCAACGACCCACUGCAAGGCGUGAUUGACUACAUGGUGAGCUCCCGUGACGAACUGAUGGUGCGGACGGAUUUUAUGUACAGGCAAGGUUCGCAACGGCCGCCCACAAUCAACACAACAACGGUGCUGAGUAAGUCCGAGUGCGCGGUGGUGUACGAUUCAGUCAUGGAGUUGAGGGACCUGUGGAUCCACGUGGACCAUCUCGCAAAGUUCACGCCGUUUUUCACCCUCGGAACGUAUUCGGGGUAUGUAGCCAACGAUGUGCCGUUUGCUUUUCCCCACGGCAGCUACACGGUUGGCUUCACAACGUCCUUGCUUGACUUCGGUGCCGCCAAGGCUGUCGCGGAUUCGGCUCUGCGUGACCGCUUUGGGUGGCUCUACAGUCGUUUGCUAUCGUCGGCAGGUGGAGUGCUGGGUGGAAAUGUCCGGUAUGCAGCAUCAAUGAAUACCUCCCUACCUGGUUUCCACAUCAUUUGUAGCCACCGGGCAUUUAGCCUGCCAAUCUUCGAAACCCACCUUGACGGUUACGGUGAGCGGCUGCGAGGUUUCAACUGUGAGGAAGCAUCGCGGGCUUCCUUAACUCUCAGUGUUGACCUCAGUAUCCGCCAGCCCAGUGCCGGUAGUGGACUAAGCUACGCUGACUUUAACUCGAAGCGCUGUGGCCAUCAUCUCGACUUCUAUGAAGCCAUGAAGGACAACUGCUCAAGCGUCAGGUACCAUGAAUACCGCGAAGGCAUCUUGGUCAUACACGACGGGCCCCUGGUUCAUGCAAUCUCACCUUGGCCCUACUCGUCGGCCAGCGACUGCCGUGUGACCCUGCAGUGUUUUGCAGCCAGGUGCAAAGUAAGUGACACUGAGUCUGAGUGGCUUCUGUUUUGGUAG